CUGCCAUGCGCCAGGGCGCAGCUAUGCCGGGUCUACUCAUUUUUAGUCGGUCAGGACUUAGCAAUCGUUCGCAAUUCAGCUUACAGUAAUGAAGACAUAAAAACAUUUUGGAGUGACAUAUUUGACAAAUUUGCAGGACAAACUGACGAGCAAUUUGUGAAUUACAUUUCUGCAUUGUUUGCUGAUGUUAACAGUGCAGAGAAAGGUGUUACACUGGAUGCAGCAAAUCGGCUUUACGUGGAAAAAAGUUUCACCCUGGAAGAAGCAUUCCUGAAAAUCAUCGCAUCGCAUUUUGCGGGACAAUUACAGCAAGUGCACUUCAUGGACAAGGAAGUCGUUGUUCACGAAAUCAAUAGUUGGGUGGCAAAGCAGACGCGAGAUAAAAUUAAAAAUUUGGUAUGUGUGGAGAACAUUCAUGAUGAUACGCGUCUGAUGCUUAUUAAUGCUGUCUACUUCAAAGGGACAUGGAAAGAACAGUUCAGAAAAGAACUAACUAGAAAGAAACCAUUCUAUAUUUCUGAAAAUAACCAAAACGAGGUGGACAUGAUGGCCAUGAAGGAGAAGUUCUCCUAUUAUGAAGACGACGACGUGAAGGUGCUCGGGAUGCCGUACGUUGGUGAUCAAACACAGAUGUUCAUCAUUCUCCCGCAACGACGGUUCGGCCUAGCUGAUGUCGAGCAAAACCUUACGGGAAAGAAGUUGUUGUCCUACGUUCAGCGGUCCUGCGAUACUGAAGUUGAGGUAAUUCGCGUUCUGGAACUUUUUUUUCCCUGUUUGUUGAAAAUAAACCUCAACAUCGGAUGAGU